AUGGUUGCUCACGCUCUCUCCGAAGCCGAGUUUUAUCAAUGGAUGAGUGAAUCCCUUGUAAAACUCGAGUCUCAGUUGCAAAUCCUUUUCAAGGAGUUCCGAUCGUUCCGAACUGCGUGGGAAGCCCAAUCUCCUACAUCUCCACCACUUGUUUCCGACACUGCACCGCCAGUCCCGUCACCCACUGCCGCCUCACCACCACCAACAAUUGCCAUCAACCCACGACAACCAACCGCUACAACACCACUACACACCUCACCACCACCAAAACAAGCCCCUUCAACCAACUCUUCGACACCAAAAACGACCAUACCACCACUUAUUGUCGCUCCCGCCACUGUGCCACUAUGUACUCCGCCUACACCUAAAAUAGUCCAACAACAUAUGCCAUUCUCUAAACCUGUAUCGAAACCCGCCCAAAAAACCACACCAUUCCUCGUUGCAGCCAUGCCAAAACCCAUACCCUCACCCGCACCGGAGCCAAAUGGCGCACCAUCCGUGGUUUCGAACCUGUUGAAGCAAGUUAUGAAAUCAAUGUUUGCAAAGGACAUGAAGAUAGAGCUAGAUGAAACAACCGAGAAACGCGAGUGGCGUCCACCAUGGCAUCUUGUUAACACCCGACCAGAUGUCAACAUUCAAGUCCCAAUCGAAUAA